AUGAAUGAUAGCGUGAUUGAAAUCACUUCUUCGCCGGACGUCUCUUUCAAAUCUGCCGUUCGCGCCGCUCCUCGAUGCAGGAGGAGUAAGACCCGCACACGUCGUGCCCAAGUCGACGACGCAGAUAUCGAGCUUACUGACUCCGACAACAAUGUCGUUGAUUACGUCCGCGAUUACGGCUCAAGACGCCAACCAAACACCCCUGAAGGGAUACCAGCGGCGGGCCCGUCCGGGGCUGGCCCUGCAAAGCCUGCACCUCUUUUCUACCCGGACACUGACAACGAGGAGACGCGGGCGCCCGAUGCAGGGCUCUCCAGAAUGCAGAACGAUGCUUCAUUCCUAGGUCCAGGAGCUGUAGUUAUUCUUGAACAAGACGCGUUCGUCCCUGUUGCCGCCUCUGAACCUGGCUCAUUACUCGAAGAUGUGCCACAAGUCGACCCAUUGGACGCCUACGUCUCACAGGUGCUUGAAAUUGUGCCGGACGUGCUCCCAGAGCACGUUCGUGAGCUGAUCGAGCGCCAUUUGCCCGCCCAUCAGCAACAGGUUGUCGAGACGGUGUUGCAUAUUCUCUUUGAAGACCCUACUUAUCCAAAGGUCGACCUCAGGAAUAAGGGCAAGCGAAAAAGAGAGGUGGAGCAGGAUGAUGCGGAAAAGAACGCGAAACUGAAGGUGGACUAUGCGUGCACUGAUCGGAUUCGCGAGGGAGGCCCGUCGUACGACCGGCAUGCAUUGGGACAAUUGUACCUAGAUUUUCCGCAAAUACCUGUCCAGCACGUACGAGGACAGUUUGCACUGCACAAAUCGUUUUACGCCCCAACAUUCCUUUUUCUGUCCAGAGAAAUGAAGCUACAAAACCUGCCUUAUAAACGCAAAGCUGUUGCUACGCGACGCGGAGGCAAAGGCAAGGCAGCGGCACACCGUGAUCCGGAGGUGGAGAAGGAGAUUGAAUGGGUGAAGAUGAAAUUGCUGGAUGAUGGAGGGUUGAGUGGCCAAGCAUCGGAGCAAGUGGAGGCAGAAGACGAGGAGGAUGGCAUCGAGUGCGGAUGCUGUUUCUCCACAUAUGGUUUUAGCAAAAUGAUUCAAUGCCCAGAAGCCCAUUUAUUCUGCCCGGAAUGCAUGACGUCCUACGCCUCGAACCUCCUUGGUUCGCACGACGCGAAUAUUGUAUGCAUGGAUCAGUCAGGAUGCAAGCUCCCGUUUCCCGAGUCUGAGCUACGCAGGUUCCUCUCACCGAAGUUGCUCGGGCUAUAUGACCGUGUGAAACAGCGGAAGGAGAUUGAAGCUGCGGGCAUAGACAAUCUAGAAGAGUGCCCGUUCUGUGAGUACAAGUGCGUGAUCGAGAACGAACACGAGAAGCUGUUCAGGUGCGAGAAUCAAGAGUGCUUAGCGAUAACGUGUCGGCAGUGCAAGAAGCCGGAUCAUUUGCCUAGAAGCUGUCAAGAGGUUGAGAAUGACAAGAAACUCGAUAUUCAGCAUGCCGUAGAAGAGGCCAUGACCCGUGCACUAAUGCGAAAUUGUCCGAAGUGUCAGAAGGCGUUUAUCAAGGAAAUGGGUUGUAACAAGAUGACCUGUCCCAACUGUCGUACAACGUCUUGUUAUGUAUGUCGCGAGAUCAUUACUGGUUAUGAGCACUUCAACAACCCGCCACCAUACUCAGGACAUCCUGAUCCAAAGAAAUGUACAUUAUGGGAUUCGGUAGACCAAAGGCAUAGUGACGAGGUUACAGCGGCCGCCAAGAAGGCCAUUGAGGAUUUCAAAAAGGCGCACCCCGAACUCGCUGACGACGACAUUAAGGUCGACCUUCCUCCUCCACCGCCCGUCGCAGGCCCCUCGAACCUAUACGCCGUCCCGGGGGUGCCCCCUGCUCCGCAGGUGCACAUUAAUGUGCCCCCGCAUAUUCAACAGAUGGCGCAUCGUUUGCGCGAGGCGCGUGCUGCAUUCCAGAUGUUCGAAGUUGGUCACCAGCCUCGAGUUGGCCGCCUUCAUAAUCCCCAGCCCCGCGCGGGCUUUCCUCCUCAUCCUCCCCCCGCUAUGUUUCAGCAGGCGCUGCUGCAAAGACCGGUUCAGCUCCCGUUCGUCCCGCCUCCGCCUCCCGCUUUCCAUGCACCGCGCGCCCGCGCGCCCCGACCUCCUGCUCCAGCUCUAAUCCUCGCGCCCGCGCUUGCACCCGUGCCCGCCGCGGUGCGUGCACCGCGCGCCCGGCAACCUCGAGCCGUUAAAGUUGCUCAGGCUUCGCGCCGGCGACGCUAG